UUUAGCAGCUGGAGCAGCAGCAGCAGCAGCAGCAACCACAACCACCCGCCGCCCACGUUGCAUGGCCCGCUGGCUGCACAUGUGCUACAGCCGCAUCCACACGCGCUGCUGCCGCCCGCACAACAGCACCACCACCUCCAGCAGCAGCAGCAGCAGCAGCAGCACCAGCAGCAGCAAGCUCAGCAGCACCACCAUCAUCCGUUGGCCAGCAGCCGCAGCCGCCUCAUGUCGCGCAUCUUCUAAAGAUGUUGCACCUAGCCCCCGAGCCCCGCCCCGCCCCGCCUCCGCCUCCGCCUUCGCCCCUUGUACAUAUGAAGUGAAGCACAGUUGUCGUACGGUUAUGAUACAGCCCCCCUCCCCAGGUACGGCCCAACCCUCUCGCCCCCUGCAACUGCAACUUUCUAAAAGAUUGCGCCAGCAGUUGUUGUUGCCCCAUGCAAGCAUUCGGCUGCUCCUUGAAGGCGACUUACAACACGACCAGAGGCAUUUAAUACCAAAGCAAUAACCGUUAUGUAAUAUAAUUUUAAACAAAAAACUCAAUUUUUUUUUUCAACAAUUUUUUUUUUUUAUUACGUUUUAUAUAUGUGUGUGUGUCUGCUAAAGAAGUACUAUACUA